AAACGCAACAGGAACUGACGUCUCUUCAGUGCAAGUGGAUGGAAAAAAAAAAUGCAGCUGCAGGAAAAAUGGCUCCAAACACCGCACUGCUAAAAGGUGUUUAAAGAUUUAUGACACAGACCUUUGAGCGACACUGACUUAUAAGCCGUUACACCCAUGGCACCUUCCAGUUGACACAAUGGCCCAGAUAUCAAGUGGUAAUGGGUUCAAGGUGGCUGUCCCCCAGCCAAAGGGGGUUGUGGGUAAAGAGGAGGCCCUCCGCAUGGAGGAAGAGGCUCUAGCAAAGUUGCAAAGGGAUAAGAGACCCACUCUUUUAGCUCCGACAUCCUCGUCUUCCUCCGCAUUGUCCUUAUCCUCCUCAAAACCAUCUAAACCUACCACUACUGCUCCUCAGCCUUUACCCUCUACCAACAGACCUGAAAAGGACCUCAUUGUCUUCCCAGAGACCAAGAAGCAGGCAGGGCAGGACAAGUUCAGGGAUAUUGAUGUGGACAAGCUGACCAAUGAGGAACUUGAAAAGCUCCUACUGGAUGAAAACUUUGGGGUUAACAGCAAAGUGACCCGCCCCUCGUCCCUUAUGGGGUUUAACCUCAGUGCCUCCUACCCUGGAGGCCACCUCGGUAGCUCCUCUCCUUUCCACAGCGGCCAGUGGACACCUGUUCUGUCCACCCCAUCUAACUCCAGUGUGUCCACUCCCACCCAUCAGCCUUCCCCGCUUUUCCCCUCUGCUCCGUUCCCCAAACCAGGCACAUUUCAGAAUGGCUUCACUCCAACCAUGUCGCCCUUCAUGGCCAUGACGGGGCAGCAGCCAUCGUUCAUGGCCUUCACUCCCAUCCAGCCUGCUGCUGCCAUGGUCUUCCCGCCGCCGGCUGUGGACCCCGAGAUGGCCAAACUGUUCGACAAGAUUGCCAGCACCUCAGAAUACUUGAAGAAUGGCAAAUUGGCCAGCACUGAACUAGAUGCCGCACAAGCGAGCACAGCUUCUCUGGCGCCCAACCCACCACCCCAGCAGCCAGCGGUGGUGGAAACCUCUAGCAUCAGCCGCUUUGACUGGCUGGAUCUGGACCCGCUUACAAAGCACAAGACUGAGAAUGAGGAGGCAUCCCCGGCAUCAGGAGGCGCUGAGCCGACAGUACCGGGAGUUGCAGGGGAUCCUUGGGACGCAGUGCUUGAGACCGAAGGGAUCAGUAGUAGUAGCAGCACCACCCCUCCUCAGGAGGCGAAAGCAUCACCGACAGUUCGCUCGCCGCACAGGAAAUUAUCUACAGGAGCCUCUGUCACCAGGAGUCACUCGCUCAACAUCCCAGGGACCUCCUCACAGCACAAACCAAACAAUCAGGACAAGGGAAAAGGAAAAGGUUUGGUGAAAAAUGCCGCCCUGGAAGAACCGGACGCUCAAAGCCUGGAGGUUGUCGCCUUCUGUGAAGACGUAGCAACUCUGCGCUCCAAAUUCCCUCAUGGGGACAUUUACACCAACCCCGGCUUCGUCCUGAGCCCCGUCAUUGCCCAGAGAGACAGCGGAGGAGACAACAGCUGCUCUGUCAAGGUUUCUAUUGAAAUCUCAGAAUCUCAGCAGCCGGUGACCUUCACCUGUGACGUGAGCUCUCCAGUGGAGCUGUUGAUCAGUCAGACUCUGUGCUGGGUCCACGAUGACCUGGACCAGGUGGACUUCUCCAGCUACCUGCUCAAAGUCUGUGGCCAGGAGGAGGUGCUGCAGAAUAAACACAGCUUAGGCAGCCAUGAGUACGUCCAGAACUGCAGGAAGUGGGAGAAUGAGAUCACGUUACAGCUCCUCUCUCACUCCACCAUGAGAAGAGACUUGGCACGCAGCGCCGAAGAUGACAACUCUCUGAUAGAUUUGGAGAAGCACCUGGGCCAAGUGGAGAGGCCAUUCAAGGAGAACGUCACCAGACAAGGCCUGGCUGAUUAUUUAGAGGGCUAUCACAACCAAGUCAACAUCUGCCUUCAAAACGAGAGUACCCAGUACAAGACCGUGGACCGGGUGGUGCAGACUUUGAAGAACUUCUGCUGCGCUCUGGAUGAGGUGGAGACCCAAGCCAUUACAGAGGCCGUCAAAAGGCUGCGACACUCCGUCAAUUUACCCAGGACACGCUCACCCAAGAUGGGGUCUUCAUCUGGUCAAUCAUCAAAUGGUCACAGCAGUCCUCUGGAGGAGGGCAUGGCGCUACUGACGCAGGCUGUGUACGACCUGGCCAAGCUCUACCUGCGCUCCUUCUGCCCCCCGUCCGCCUCCUUCAGCUCCGCUCCGUUGCCCCAGGCAGCGGACGGGGAAGGCUCAGAGGGGAAGAGCAGCAAAGAGGCUUCUGGCACCACAGACCACCUCCAGUUCACUCUGUUCGCAUUACACGGCAUCCCGCCCAACUGGGUCAGCAGUUAUGAGAAGUACUUCCUGAUGUGUUCCCUCACCCACAACGGCAAGAACCUGUUUAAACCGGUCCAGUCCAAGAGAGUUGGCACAUACAAAAGCUUCUUCUACCACAUCAAAUGGGAUGAGCUGAUCAACUUCCCCAUAGCAGUAGCUGUUCUCCCAUUGGAGUCCAUACUGAGCCUGACUCUGUUCGGGGUGCUGAACCAGAAUGCCAGCGGCUCCCCGGACUCCAACAAACAGAGGAAAGCUCCAGAGCUGCUGGGCAAAGUCUCUAUGCCGCUCUUUGACUUCAGACGGGUGCUUGCCAAAGGCAGCAGGUUGUUGUGUCUGUGGACCUCCGCCCAGGGGGCUGCUGCCGCCGCCGGCGCUGCUGGCAGCCGCAAGAGGUUGCCCACAGAGAGAAUAGUACUGCAGGUGGACUUCCCCAACUCGCCGUUGGAUGUUUUAUACGUGGGACCAAAGGAAGAGCCCAGCCCGGACCUCAGCACACUGGAAGAGCUGGACCCUGAUCUGCGACGCAAACUGGAGAAAAUCUGCAGCCGAGCUUCCAAUUUUGGGCUGAAGAGGGCCGAUCACCAGCUCCUAUGGGACCAUCGGCUUCACUGUCAGAAGGACCACCCCAGCAGCCUCCCUAAGGUGCUGGCCAGCGCGCCCAGCUGGGACUGGGCCAGCAUGGCUCACAUCCACUCCCUGCUGCACCACUGGCCCCCUCUGCCCCCCGUCACUGCGCUGGAGCUGCUCGACUCAAAAUUUGCAGAUACAGAAGUAAGAAAUGUGGCUGUUAGCUGGAUUGAGAAUAGCAGUGACGAUGAGCUGACUGACUACCUGCCUCAGCUUGUUCAGGCAUUAAAGUUUGACUGUCACCUGAAGAACGCCCUCGUCAUGUUCAUGCUGUCCAGAGCACAAGGCAACAUCAACAUUGCCCACUACCUCUACUGGCUGCUGAAGGACGCUGUGCAGGACCCUGCCUGGGGCCGACGCUACGAGCGGGUGCUGGGUGCCCUGCUGUGUCUGUGUGGAGUCAAGCUGAGGGCCGAGCUGGAGAAGCAGACUCACCUGGUCACUCUGCUGGGAGCCGUGGCCGAGAGGGUCCGACAGGCCGGGGGGUCUACACGACAGGUUAAUGUGGCGCUGCAGGAGGGCCUUGAAAACGUUCAAAACUUUUUCCAGAGGAACAGCUGCCGGCUUCCCCUCAGCCCCAGUCUGGUGGCUAAAGAGCUAAACGUUAAGGCCUGCUCCUUCUUCAACUCCAACGCAGUUCCCCUCAAACUGGCCCUGGUCAACGCCGACCCACUGGGAGAAGAGAUCAAUGUUAUGUUCAAGGUCGGAGAGGACCUGAGGCAGGACAUGUUGGCUCUUCAGAUGAUCCGCAUCAUGGACCGCAUCUGGCUGCAAGAGGGGCUGGACCUCCGCAUUGUCAACUUCAAAUGCAUCUCCACCGGGAAGGACAAAGGCAUGGUGGAGCUGGUGCCGUCCUCCGACACACUGAGAAAGAUCCAGGUGGAGUACGGCGUCACCGGAUCCUUCAAGGACAAACCGCUGGCUGAGUGGCUCCGCAAGUACAACCCUGCCGAGGACGAGUAUGAGAAGGCAUCAGAGAACUUCAUCUACUCAUGUGCGGGAUGCUGCGUGGCGACCUACGUGCUGGGCAUCUGCGAUCGCCAUAACGACAACAUCAUGCUGCGCUCCACCGGCCACAUGUUCCACAUCGACUUCGGGAAGUUCCUAGGCCACGCUCAGAUGUUUGGCAGCUUCAAAAGGGACCGCGCUCCGUUCGUUCUGACCUCUGACAUGGCGUACGUCAUUAAUGGAGGCGAGCGUCCCACCAGCCGCUUCCAGCUGUUUGUAGACUUGUGUUGCCAGGCCUACAACCUCAUCCGCAAGCACUCCGGGCUUUUCCUCAACCUGUUGUCACUGAUGACGUCAUCAGGCCUCCCAGAGCUGACCGGCUCUCAGGAUCUGAAGUACGUGUUUGAUGCCCUGCAGCCCCACAACACGGAUGCUGAGGCGACUAUCUUCUUCACCAGGCUGAUAGAGUCCAGUCUGGGCAGCGUGGCCACCAAGUUCAACUUCUUCAUCCACAACCUCGCCCAGCUACGGUUCUCUGGUUUGCCAGCCAACGACGAGCCCAUCCUGUCUUUCUCCCCAAAGACCUACACCAUGAAGCAGGAGGGCCGCAUCCUCCACGCCUCCAUCUUCUCCUUCCAGAAGAGAUACAACCCCGACAAGCACUACACGUAUGUGUUGAGGCUCCUGAGGGAAGGUCAGAAUGAGCCACAGUUUGUCUUCCGCACUUUUGAUGAGUUUCAGGAGCUCCACAACAAACUCACCAUCCUCUUCCCGCUCUGGAAGCUGCCAGGUUUCCCCAACAAGAUGGUGCUCGGUCGCACCCACAUCAAAGAAGUGGCAGCCAAGAGAAAGCUGGAGCUCAACAACUACGUCCACAACCUGAUGAGGAGCUCCACUGAGGUCACCCAGUGUGACCUGGUCUACACCUUCUUUCACCCGAUUGCACGAGAUGACAAGACAGAAGGUUUAGAUGCCACGGCCAAAGCACCAGAGCCUCCACUGAGUCCAACUUCUGGUCGGGUGGAAGGAGAGGUGAAGCUCUCGAUCUCCUACAGGAACAGCAAUCUCUUCAUCAUGGUCAUGCACAUCAGAGAUCUGGUUUCUGAAGAUGGAACAGAUCCCAACCCAUAUGUGAAAACCUACCUGCUUCCAGAUCCACACAAGACUUCCAAACGCAAGACAAAGAUCUCGAGGAAAACCAGGAACCCUACUUUCAAUGAGAUGUUGGUGUACAGCGGCUACAGCAAGGAGACCCUCGGCCUGCGGGAGCUUCAACUGAGCGUGCUCAGUGCCGAGUCGCUGCGUGAGAACUACUUUCUGGGCGGCAUCACGCUCAGACUCAAAGACUUUGACCUCAGCAAGGAGACGGUCAAGUGGUACAAACUCACGGCCGUCCCCUACUUCUAACCCCGACCUGCCUCUCUCACGACGCCGGGAUCGACUCCGCGUCUCCAGACAAAAGCUGCAUUCUGAUCAUAUGGGAAAGAGGGAAGAUGAGGCCUUACUUGAAAACACCGGUCACUGCAUUAUUUUCAGUUCAUAUAAAUACUAUAUCAGAACUUCAUUUUCACUUAUUGGUUUAUUUAAAAACUCAAAUUUGAAGUAUAGACAGUCAUAUCUUUUUUUCAUUUCAAUUCUAAUAAACCAAAUGGACCGUUUCUUUCACAUGAAUCAUGUUGUAAUCAAUAUUCUGAAGACAUGGAAGGAUACAAAUCAAUUGUUGAGAAACAUGCAUCAAUAAGUACACUUUUUGAGACGAGUCACAACCUGAUUGUACAGAAUUUCAGAACGGUUUUCUUACGGCUUCAAACCAGGUUGAACACCACUUAGUCACUGCUUAUGAUAACGAUCAUGUGGCUUCGGUGGUUAUUCCCAUAUGACAUGAAUGCAGACUCCUUCAGACGCACCCUGGAAGGGCGAACAAACGGGCCGAGUCACAAGCCCUCAAAGCGGAGCCUGCUCUCCAUUCGUCACUAUUUUUCUCUCUCCCUCUUCAACUAAUCAAGAUUGUUUCUGUGACAAACAAUCUUCACUUAUUUUGUCUCUCUUUUUUUUUUUUUCUUCCUAAACUAUAACGAAAGAGCUGUAAUGUUUUGUACAUUUUGAUAUUAGAGGACCAAAACGGCUUACUAUGAUGAGAGUAUAUAUAGAUUGACACGUUUAUUUUUUAAGGAAUAGAAAAAAGGGGGGCUUGUUUUUACAUUUUUCCUUGUUUAUUUUCUAUAUAGACAAAUGGGAGGCAUCAGGGUUUCCUGCUUGGCAGCAGACACUUCUGGGUAGAGUAGUCCAACACACCAAAUUCCAGGAGAUCAACAGUGACCUUAUGAUUCCCCUAGAAUGUGCCAACAGUAAUGAGAAGGACGGCAGAUCAAACCACUCUCCCACAUCGAGAGCUGAAAAAGGGUGCCUUUGUUUGUGCUCACAAUCCCCUUUUAAUGCUCAACUUGGCCUUAUUGCUAUAUAUAUAUUUUAUUAACAAUGUGAUAUGUCCUUAUUAUAGAAAACUCUAUAUUCUUUAAAGUUAAAUCAGUAGUUCUGACAGAGCAGGUUUUGUGGGCUGCGACUAAAUGCACACUACCAGGUCUUUCUCUCGUGUUAUUACUUGACUAUUUUCACACAGCACACGUUGAAAGGGGAAUUUGUAUCAUAAGCUUUGGAACACGCUCUUAUCUGUGCUCUGGAUGAAGAGAUUGUAGUUGCCCAAUAACGCUGAUCAUAAGUCUGUUUCCUUCAGGUGGUUCAAAACCAUAAUUCAGACCUUUCAGAAUGCAGUUGAGGGACUUUUUGAGUUCAAACUGGAGUCUGGACGUGAGGCUGUCUGAGGCAGCAAUACCACACUCGCUCCCAGUGCGUAAGAGUGGUGUAAUGACGCCGUGAUAACUGGGUAAAAUGUUAGCAAUAAACUGCCGAUGAAGUCCAGCUCCAGCCAGGUUUUAUGAUAUUUAAGUGAGAAAAGACUGAAUUUCUUUGAGGAAAUGUCAGGCAAACUGAACUCAGAUCAGUGCUUGAAAAGGCAACUUUAACUUAAAUCAUCUUCACAAAAAAGGGAACAAGAUUCUGAGCAUCAGCUGCUCUCCUCUCCCCUCGCUAACUAUAAAUCUAAAGUUGUUAUUAAUGUUUAAUAAAGAAUUUGAAUUUAUUUGAAAAUGUUUUUUUUAAAAGAGAAGAUUCUGCAAGACAAUUAUGAUCUGAGAGCAUCACUCACACUAUGAAUACUAGUGACUUGAUCCACUCUUUUAGUGACUGUACAGAGAAAACAAGCAGAGUUUGUAUUAACAUGGCCAGUUAUUUAUUCUUAAUUGGUGACCUGUAACCCAAAUGGAUCAGUGUGUACUGUAAUCCCUCUUUCCUAAGGCAAAUUAAAUGUUUUUGGAACAAA